GCCGCCGCAGGACCGGCCCCUACCCCAGCUUCCGCUGCAGCGCGGCGUCCACACCGGCCCGCGGCGAGGGCAAGCCUGGGGACCCCGCCUGCGCUCUCCCCAGUGUGCCCCGCGCCCCGCAUGUGACCCGGCCUGGCGCCCGCGAGUGUGUCCCCCGCAGCUCUGUCCCCGGGCUGCACCCACCUGCCCUAACACCAGCUCCCAGCCCGCCCGACCGGGAUGGCCGCGGCCAAAGCCGAGAUGCAGCUGAUGUCCCCGCUGCAGAUCUCCGACCCGUUCGGCUCCUUUCCUCACUCGCCCACCAUGGACAACUACCCCAAGCUGGAAGAGAUGAUGCUGCUGAGCAACGGGGCGCCCCAGUUCCUCGGUGCCGCCGGAGCCCCUGAGGGCAGCGGCGGUAACAGCAGCAGCAGCGGGGGCGGUGGAGGUGGAGGGAGCGGCAGCAACAGCAGCAGCAGCGCCUUCAACCCUCAGGGGGAGGCAGGCGAGCAACCCUACGAGCACCUCACCGCAGAGCCUUUUCCUGACAUCUCUCUGAAUAAUGAGAAGGUGCUGGUGGAGACGAGCUACCCCAGCCAAACCACCCGGCUGCCCCCCAUCACCUACACUGGCCGCUUCUCUCUUGAGCCUGCGCCCAACAGUGGCAACACCCUGUGGCCCGAGCCCCUCUUCAGCCUGGUCAGUGGCCUCGUGAGCAUGAGCAACCCACCAGCCACCUCAACCUCUGCGCCCUCUCCAGCGGCCUCCUCCUCUUCCUCUGCCUCCCAGAGCCCACCCCUGAGCUGCGCAGUACAGUCCAACGACAGCAGCCCCAUUUACUCUGCAGCGCCCACCUUCCCCACACCCAACACUGACAUUUUCCCAGAGCCACAAAGCCAGUCCUUUUCUGGUUCGGCUGGCACUGCGCUUCAGUACCCGCCUCCUGCCUACCCUGCUGCCAAGGGCGGUUUCCAGGUUCCAAUGAUCCCCGACUACCUGUUUCCACAGCAGCAGGGGGACCUGGGCCUAGGCACCCCAGAACAGAAGCCCUUCCAGGGACUGGAGAGCCGCACUCAGCAGCCUUCGCUCACUCCGCUCUCCACCAUCAAGGCCUUUGCCACACAGUCGGGCUCCCAAGACUUGAAGGCCCUCAAUAACACUUAUCAGUCCCAGCUUAUCAAACCCAGCCGCAUGCGCAAGUACCCCAACCGGCCCAGCAAGACUCCUCCCCACGAACGUCCCUACGCCUGCCCGGUGGAGUCCUGCGAUCGCCGCUUCUCCCGUUCUGACGAGCUUACUCGCCACAUCCGCAUCCACACGGGCCAGAAGCCCUUCCAGUGUCGCAUCUGCAUGCGCAACUUCAGCCGCAGUGACCACCUUACCACCCACAUCCGCACCCACACAGGCGAGAAGCCCUUUGCCUGCGACAUUUGUGGGAGAAAGUUUGCCAGAAGCGAUGAACGCAAAAGGCAUACCAAGAUCCACUUGCGGCAGAAGGACAAGAAAGCAGAUAAAAGUGUUGUGGCCUCUUCGGCCACCUCCUCCCUCUCUUCCUACCCAUCCCCAGUUGCUACCUCUUACCCAUCCCCAGUCACUACCUCUUACCCGUCCCCAGUCACUACCUCUUACCCGUCCCCAGCCACCACCUCAUACCCAUCGCCGGUGCCCACCUCUUACUCCUCUCCCGGCUCUUCGACCUACCCGUCCCCUGUCCACAGUGGCUUCUCCUCACCUUCAGUGGCCACCACAUACUCCUCGGUUCCCCCUGCUUUCCCGGCCCAAGUCAGCAGCUUCCCUUCCUCAGCAGUUGCCAACUCCUUCAGCGCCUCCACAGGGCUUUCGGACAUGACGGCCACAUUUUCUCCCAGGACAAUUGAAAUUUGCUGAAGGGAAAAAGAAAAGAAAAAAGGGAGAAAAAGAAACACAAGAGACUUACAGGACAGGAGGAGGACCUGGCCAUAGGAGGGGGGUCCUCUAAGGUCAGAGGGAGGUUCUCAGAGCUGAGUGCUCUCCUCCCUCUCCUUGACCCAAAGGUCAUCAUGGAAGGUCUAUUGGCAAAUAAUCCUUUCUGCCCACUUCCCCUUCCUCCCCCAAUUCCUACUCCAUUUGACUUCAGCUGCCUGAAACAGCCAUGUCUAAGUUCUUCACCUCUAUCCAAAGAACUAGAUUUGCAUGGAUUUUGGAUAUAUCAUUUCAGUAUCAUUUCCAUCGUAUGCCUGACCCCUUGCUCCCUUCAAUGCUAGAAAACUGAGUUGGCAAAAUGGGGUUUGGGCCCUAAAAGCCCUCCCCUGCACCUUGUACAGUGUCCGUGCCAUGGAUUUCGUUUUUCCUGGGGUAGUCUUGAUGUGAAGAUAAUUUGCAUAUUCUAUUGUAUUAUUUGGAAUUAAGUCCUCACUUUGAGGAAAAAAAAAGAAAAGCCAAGCAAACCAUUGGUGAUCCUCUAUUUUGUGAUGAUGCUGUGAUGAUGAGUCUGAAGCUUUUUUUGAAACAGCAGUCCUAGGUGUUAAUCAGCGCAUGUGUCAGAGUGAUGUUCCGUUAACCUUUUUGUAAAUAUUGCUCGACCGUACUCUCACAUGUGGCAAAAUGUGGUUUGGUUUUUCUUUUUUUGAAAGUGGUUUUAUUUUUCGUCCUUUAGGUUUUAAAAAAGUUUCACGUCUUGGUGCCUUUUGUGUGAUGCGCCUUGCUGAUGGCUUGACAUGUGCGGUUGUGAGGGAUGUGCUCACCUCUAGCCUUAAGGGGGGCAGGGAUUGAUGAUUCGGGGGAGGCUUUGGGAGCAAAACCAGGAAGAGGACUGAGCUGAGCCUUGGUUCUCCAGAAUGUAAGAAAAAAAAAUCUAAAAAUCUGAACUCUCAAAAGUCUAUUUUUUUAACUGAAAAUGUAAAUUUAUAAAUAUAUUCAGGAGUUGGAAUGUUGUAGUUACCUACUGAGUAGGCAGCGAUUUUUGUAUGUUAUGAACAUGCAGUUCAUUAUUUUGUGGUUUUCUUUUACUUUGUACAUGUGUUUGCUUAAACAAAGUGACUGUUUGGCUUAUAAACACAUUGAAUGCGCUUUAUUGCCCAUGGGAUAUGUGGUGUAUAUCCUUCAGAAAAAUUAAAAGAAAAUAAAAUAGCUGUUA